CCGUGUGAGCCGACGUCGGAAGGAAUCAUUGUGCCAAUGGCACCGACGACGUCGCUACGAGUCGGCGUGCUUAACGCUAUGCUGGCGUACUCGAUCUGGGGUGUAUUUCCCAUUUACUGGAAGCAGCUACAGCACGUCCCGGCCAUUCAGCUCGCCAUGCACCGGAUAGUCUGGUCGCUCGCUGUGUUGCUCUUGUACGUCUUUGCGUCGCGCCAGUGGAUGGCGCUGCAAGCCGCAGCGUUCACUUGGAGAAACCUGCUGAUCUACACCGCAUCGAGCGUAUUUAUCGCUGCCAACUGGCUCAUCUUUGUGUGGGCUGUCAACGAAGGCUACGUGGUCGAGGCGAGCCUCGGCUACUUUAUCAAUCCGUUGUUGACUGUUGUCCUGGGCGUCGUAUUUUUCAAGGAGCGUCUGCGCCCCGCCCAGCUCGUCGCGAUCGCCAUUGCGACGGGAGGUGUAUUGGUGCUCGCUAUCUCGUACGGCAAGUUCCCGUGGAUCUCACUCACGUUGGCGUUUUCGUUUGCGAGCUACGGGUACGUCAAGAAGCGGGCACCUCUCACAUCGAUCCAAGGGUUGACAAUGGAGACUGCCAUUUUGUUUCUUCCUGCGCUUGUGUACUUGAUUGCGAUGGAGGCACGUGGUGACGGCGCGUUUCUGCACGUGGACGCCACGUCCGACGUCCUCAUGGUGGGGGGCGGCAUCGUGACCGUGAUCCCGCUAGUCAUGUUUUCGACGGCGGCCAAGGACAUCCCGCUCACGACGCUCGGGCUGCUCCAGUACACAACACCGACCCUCCAGUUUCUGUGUGGCAUUGUUUUGUACAAAGAAGAGUUUCCCACGGCCAAACUGGUUGGGUUUGUUGUGGUCUGGGUGGCACUCAUCGUUUUCACAAUCGACAUGGUGCACCAUCUGCGGCAGACUGGCAAGCCCGAUGUCGUCGAGUCACCUGCAUUGCAAGAUAUUGAGGCAGGCACAGCCUUCGAACGGAUGGAGAUUCGCACCCCACGUAGGAGUGAGCAAAGCAGAGGAGCGCCGUCCAAGCCUCCAACUCCUGAUGGUCACCAUAGCAAGUAGAUCGGCAAAUCAACCAGCAUAACUCGUCAAUGCUUUGAAACAAAUGCCUCCGUUGCCAUGGAAGCGCCAUGAUGCCCAACGAAUGGGAUGAUCCACAUAGAUUUUUUACUCCUCCGUACGACAGUUGUCGGUAUGCACGAGCAUCAGCUAGAACCACAUUCUGCUCUCUGCCGCGCCCCAAAAAUGCCCUAGUCGCCCAAGUGAGCUCGACGUCAUGGCAACGACG